GCGCACGCUUUCUUCUCCGUGAUCAACGGCCAGUGUUUAACGGUCGCUGCGUGAGAAGGCUGUCAGGCUCCAUUCCCGCACCUAUUAACGCCCGUUACGUGCAGCCAUGGCGUCAGAAGAGCUGGCGAAGAAGCUCCAGACGCGGAUGGCCGCUACGCAGGAGGUCGAGCCGAGGCCGGAGCCCGAGCCGAGCCCGGUCCGACCCAGACCGCAGCAGGAGGCCGAGGGAGCCUGUGGCGGAGACCCGUCCUCCUCCUCCGAGCUGUCCGCCGUGUUGACCCGCAGACAGGACAUCAACGACGGGAACGCCGCCCCGUGCCGGACCCGCGUGUUCAACCCGUACACGGAGUUCAAAGAGUUCACGCGCAAGCAGAUCAAAGACAUGGAGACGAUGUUCAAACGGUACGACACCGGUAGAGACGGCUUCAUCGACCUGAUGGAGCUGAAGCUGAUGAUGGAGAAGCUGGGAGCUCCACAGACCCACCUGGGCCUGAAGAACAUGAUCAAAGAGGUGGACGAAGACUUCGACGGCAAGCUGAGCUACAGAGAGUUCCUGUUGAUCUUCAGGAGAGCGGCGGCCGGAGAGCUGCAGGAGGAGAGCGGCCUGAUGGCUCUGGCCCGGCUGUCUGAGAUCAACGUGUCCACCGAGGGGGUGAUGGGAGCCAAGGACUUCUUUGAAGCCAAGAUGCAGGCUCUGUCUCUGGGCAGCAAGUUCGAGGCCGAGAUCCAGGAGGAAAAGGAAGAGCGCAAGAGACAGGAAGUGGACAAGAAACAGCGGCAGGCCGCCUUCAAGCAGCUGCAGUCCGCCUUCUGCUCCUGACGACCCGAACACGCACCCGGCCGCCGCUCCUGGGCUCGAACUCACGGCUUCUCAUUCCACUCCGCUCACCAUUCGGGACGAAAAAUAGCAUCGAAGUAAAAAAGAAAUUAAAAAAACGCACUAAAAAUUACUUGAAAAAAAAAAAAACCUCUUAAACCAGAUAGGGUCAUUCCAGACUUCCUGCAGCUAGAAAACAAGCGCGUUGCCACGGCAACGUCGUAGAGUUAUUGUGCGUUUGUUUAUUUCCUUUGUGUCAGAACUGGAAGUUUUCAUCUCAAGGUAUUUCUACUCGUUACGACGUUGAGUUCUUUAACUUCCUGGUUAGUCACGUGACCUCGUUACUACGGGGUCAAGUAGACAUAACUGUCGUAACAGUAUUAUAACACUAAGUAAAUAAGUCUUUAUGCAGCUUUGACUUAAAAACACUUUAACCGGUUCGUAAGUAAGAUUUAUAUUGAGCACAAAUAAUAAUAAAAUAACUCAAUCAGGAAUAGUUCGGGGUUUAUUGGCUUUCUUGGUUAGCCUAGCUUAGCAUUAAGAAAAACAAACACUAACAUGUUCUGGUAAUUUUGGAACUUUCCAGAUGAAAGAGAACCACAUGAAAUAAUAAUAAUAGAGUUAAGCUAGGCUAAUCCCUGAGAGAAUGAACCUGUUGAGCCUCCUCUUUAACCUUCAGGACGUUCUCACACGUCUCAACACAGCUCAUUUGAUUGACAGGUCGACCGCUCCGUGGACUUCCUGUCUCUCAGACCAGCUGCAGGUCUGAUGGACCCGCCUCCUCCUUGUUAACACACUGUGACAUCACCACUUGUAUUAGCUUGUAGCUUCUCAAAGCGCGCGUGGUGAGUUAAUAUUUGCACUUUCGUAGAGUCCGGGAAGAAGAGACCCUCAUUACCCAUAAUGCAAUGCGUGAUAUAAUCUCUGAUGAUGAUUCCCUCCCGUAAAGGUAAAUUAUGUCUCAUCCUGUUUCAAACGUAUGAAGGUUUGACGAACGCGAACCAGAACGGGGUCCAGCGUGACACACACACACACACACACACACACACACACACACACACACACACACAGACACACACACACAGAGACACACACAGACACAGACAUACACACACACACACACACACACAGAGACACACACAGACACACAUACACAGACACACAUACAGACACACACACACACACACACACAGAGACACACACACACACACUCGGAAGGGAAAGUGUGUUUUAUCCCCAAAAUAUUGAACUUUUUCCUCUCCAAUGUUUUUGUUGUGUUGUUUAAAUAGAAGUGGACCUGGUUCUGUUGGAUCCAGGUCCAGGUCCAGGUCCGCCCCCCUCAGGGGAACCACAUCUCCAACACGUGAACCUAAACAAUGUAAAGACGCAUAAAGAACUUCAGCUUGUUGUUUGUUUCCUUAAUGUUGUUGUUUACUUUGUCGCAUGUUACUAAACUACUGUUUGUUGUGGAAACUGACAAUGUAUUUUUACAUGAAUAAAUUAGUCUAUAUAUUAAUUGUUUUAGCACAGACGUAUAAGUUGCCAAAUAUAAUAAUUAACAAAAGGUCAGUAAGAUAUAUUUUUUGGGGCACUUGUAAAGAUAUUGUGUUGUCAGAAUGGAAGUUUGACUUGAUGCAAUAAAGGAUCAAUACAACUGAUA